GCACCAGCAGAGAUGCAGACACAGAAGGUCCCAGGGAGGAAGCGUGGCCGGCCUCCCCUUCACUCCACACCAGUGCAGAUGGCAGUCCAUAAUCUUUAUUCUGCGUCUGCGGGCUCUGUACCGGCAGUGACGAUCCCGAAGAAGAGAGGGCGGAAACCCAGGUACAAGAUCAAGCCCCCAGUGCUCAUGACUCCCUUGGCUCUAUCACCUCCACGGAGUACCCCAGAACCUGACCUCAGCUCCAUCCCUCAGGAUGCAGCCACCAUCCCCAGCUUGGUGGUCCCACAGGCUCUCACAGUGUGCCUCUACAUUAACAAGCAGGCUGAUGCAGGGCCCUAUCUGGAGAGGAGGAAGCUGCAGCAGCUUCCUGAGCGCCUGGGGCCUGAGCGGCCUGCAGCUGUCCUGCAGCAGGCAGUGCAGGCAUGCAUAGACUGUGCACACCAGCCAAGGCUCGUCUUCUCCCUUGUCAAGCAGGGCUACCGUGGCGAACUGGUGUCAGUCUCUGCUUCCUUUGAUGGAAAACAGCACCUGAGGAGCCUGCCCGUGGUGAACAGUGUGGGCUAUGUCCUCCGCUUCCUGACCAAACUGUGCCGUAGCCUCCUGUGUGACAACCUCUUCAGUCACCUGCCCUACCCUGGGAGCCUCAGUGCCUCUGAGAAGACCCAGGAGAGAGAGGAUGGGAGGCCCGGGUCAGCCCAGGCGGCCACUGCUGAAGAGUGUCUGGCCAACCCUGUGGGCAUGGACCGCUACAGCAUGGAUACCUCCUCCGCGGCCUUUAGCCACCGGGGCUCCUUGGCCCACUCCUCCUCCCAGUACUACAAGAGACUGAACUCUGGAGACAGCCACCUUGGAGGAGGCCCUGCCACUACCACCAGCAGUUCCCGCACCAACCCUGUGCCCUUGGGAGGGCCAUCGACACCUGGACUGAGGUUCCCGGCCUCCAGCCCCAAGAGGAAUGAAGGCGAAGGAAACAGAUGUGCCUCGAGCCCCUCUCCAGAGGUGCAGGACACCAGGAGAUCAAGCAGCAGAAACCCUUCUACCUGGACUGUGGAGGACGUGGUUCGGUUUGUGAAAGACGCUGACCCUCAGGCUCUGGGGCCUCACGUGGACCUCUUCAGAAAGCAUGAGAUUGAUGGCCAUGCCUUGCUGUUGCUGAGGAGUGACAUGGUCAUGAAAUACCUGGGACUGAAGCUGGGACCCGCUCUCAAACUCUGCUAUCACAUCGAGAAGCUGAAGCAAGCUAAGUUCUGAAGUUCGUGGAGUCGGAAGCAGAGUCCCAGACCUCAGCAUUAUCUCCUGCCUGAUCUGCACCCAGCCAAUGUCACAACGUCUUCUCAAAAGCAACAUCCACAGAGACUUCGUCUUUUUUAUAAAAUGUGUGUGUCUUUGCCUUUUCUAACAUCCCAGAUGGCUCCUUUCAAAGGCUCAACUGUAUUAUUGAUUUGCCAGAAAAAAAAAUCACAAAAAGCCAAUUACAUUUAGUGUUCCUGACAUGCUGGUCACUCUUUAUAGGUGCUAUUUGUGUCGCGACAGAGUGGAUAACUGAACGCUGUCACCCACGGUGUAUCCCCGAGGGGGCCCUCAAAGUGUGAGAAGGACCUUGUCCUUGGAGGUGCUGUGGUGUGGCUCAUGGCAGGAGCAACCUCUCUCUGUUCUGGGGACCAACCAGCAGGAGCCUCACUGGAGUCAGCUCUGGGGUGACUGCCCCCCGAGGUGACUGCCUCGCCUUGCACUAUCUGGAAAGCUUGAAGUUUUUUGCUCAAAGUGAGGAAAAGAUGUUUUCUAGUCCCAGCUACUGAAGUCCUUCAUUGCUCCACCAGAGGGCAGACUACUAACGAGAUUUCAGCAGGCAGACGGCGGUGGCCUGCCCGUUCAAACUCAAUGGCUGGGUUAGGGCUUCUGUAUCAAGACCUGGCCUGCACAUGGAAAGGGGACCAAUUCCAUAGUCAGCACCCCAGAUUGCCACUUGAGAAGGAAGUGUGAUCUGGAGAGUUCCAGAUUCACUACUGACUGACUGACGAGGUACGAAUUUGGACACAACUGUCUGCCUAAACAAAGAUUUGAAAGCCCCUUCCUUCCCAGACUCUUGCUGAGGGCUGAGAUGGUGGCAUGCGGAAGAAUCUCGGUGACAUUUCACUAUGGGUACUUCUUGAAGAAAAAGAAGGGAAAGAAAACUGUCUCAAGAACGCGUGAAAUAGGAGAGCCCUGAUUUCAGGUUACGUGGUUGCAUUCUGUAGCUGAGUCUGUGGCUAAUUUUUUCUAGACUUCAACAAAUACACAGACGUGUUUUUAUUGGGCUUAAUUCAAUUUACAAAUAGGUUUUCACUUCUUCGCUGUGAAAUAAUGAGAAAAAAAAAUUGAUUUUCUACCCUUUGCAGCUGUGUCCAGAGAGGGAUGGAGCCACGGUUUACUGGGCAGAAGGGUGACCUCUUUGCUGCUAUUCUUUGUCACGUCCUUUCUUUUUCUUUUGUUUAUUUAGACUAGAGAACUCCAGGGCACAUCCUUUUUCUUAAAGGUGGAUCUGGGGAGGGUGGGGGUCAAGAGUAACGUGGGGUCUGCCACGGCCACAGUGUGAAUUGGAAAAGGCAUCUCCCCGUGGGUUGCAGCCUAAGCGAGGUCUCAGCUGGCAAAGGACCUGGAGGGGCUUUGAGCCCUCAGCUCUCAGCCCGGUGUCCUGCUCCAGAACAAGGUAGGUAUAGCUUCUUGGAUGGAGCCACCUAUGUAUGGAUCAGCUAGCAUGUAGGCGAAGACCACAGGAAAGAUUCCCUGCUGUGCUACGGGGCCCACUUUGAUGGUCCCUGUUUGAGGAAGUGUGGCAGGUCACUGCAAGAGCAUUGCUGCAUAUACAGCGGUGGUUGGACUUGAAUUAUGACUGAGAAGAAGAUUGUCCCAGAACUUCCCACUGAAUGGAAACUUGAUCAGGUUUCGGAGGCGCUGGAUGUCUGUUAUUUUUAGUAUGUGACAAAAUGACCUUGAAUCAGACCUUGGGGAGAAUCUUUAAGAUGUUAGAAGCAAUGAGCAGACUCCCUUGCGAACCGAUCGCUAGCACUAGGUGCUUGCCGCUGCUCUGACGUUAGGUCCUCGCCUCAAUGAGCGGCAGAUCAUUCCUAUCGACAGAAUCGCUGCUGUGUGAAGGCAGGGAGAUCUGGAAAAAUCGCUCAGCUCAACCAUUUGUGCCCUGUCCCUGUAGACUCCUGGUACCUCUCCCUGUAGACUCCUGGUACCUCUCCCAGGGACAUGUAAGCUUCCCACAUGUCCUGCUUACCCUUACCAGUGGCUCCCUGGUGUCCCCAAAGUUAACAUAUGCCCAAACGAGUCAAAGAAACCUCAAGGAGCUUUUGAAGGAGAGUUAGGACCUGGUUCAAGUCUACCUGGGGACUGGAGCUGUGUCCCCACACAGGGACUCCCAGUCAGGUGCUGUCUUAGUUCACACGAAGCCUUAAAUUAGCUCGACUGCAGAAUCCCAGACAUUUAAGGUUUGGCCAAGAUUUUUAGAAAUGAAGAAACCAAGAAGCAGUUUCAUUAUUCUUGGCAUGAAGGCUGCAAGGCUGCAGAAGAACCAGUGGAACCAAUUCUUCUUGCCUGUUUUUGCAUGGAAUCUAAUUAGCUGACCACAUCAUUGUAGCAAUGCUGCAAUCAUAAUUAAUUUUCAUCCCUCUCGAAAACCUUGUCAAACAGGGCAGCUAAAUAGCUUCUCAAAUGUAAAACAUUCCAGGCCAUUUCCUCUAAGCAGACCUUAAAGGUCAGGCUGUGGCGGUCACUUCUGGCCCAGAUGGGAAGGACUUGAACUCACAUUUGACAGAUAGCACACUUGCUGUUCCGUCUGCAUAGCUUUGCUGCAGGUUGUGGUGAAUAAUGGUCAAAUUUUGCAUAACUCCAAAUUAAAGAGUGCGCAUGCUCCAAACAUCUCCAAUUACAUUUGUCUGUUAAACACUUGGAGAAAAAAAAAAUCAAGAGAUACUUCUGUUGCCUAAAGCAUUUUAAAUGUUUUAUGAAACACAUUAUUCCCUUUGUGAAGAUUUUAGAUAAAAGACAUGGUGUGUGUGUGUGUGUGUGUGUGUGUGUGUGUGUGUGUGCGCGUGCUCUUGAUGCUGGAGCUGGAAAGUCUAAGGAAGUGGCUGGCAGUGUACCAUGUUCUUAAAUAUCUUUCCAGCUUUGUCAUGUGGAGACGAAGCCCAGUUUAGCCCUCCUCCUGGCUGUUACUAGGUGUUUCCUCUUACUGUAGCAGGGCCUGUCCUGUGGACAGCCAGAUGACCAGAACAAGUCUGGUUUCUGGACUUGUUCCUCUCACGUGGCUGACAUGCCAUGCCAACCCUGAGGACCUGGAUGCCCGAGGAGAGGGCACCCUGGGGAGCUGCAGGCCGAGAGCAGCUGCCUAAGGUCUCAAUCAUGUCUACCAGGAAAGGCUCGGGCCUGCUCUCUCUUUUCAACAGAAGUGUCAAUGUCUUUUCUCUUUCAGUAGAAAUAAAGGAACAGAGGACUCCUCAGAUAAAACUGUGUUCAAAUGAAUAACUUGGGAAGAGAUGCUGGACUCCUCAGAUAAAACUGUGUUCAAAUUAAUAACUUGGGAAGAGAUGCUGGGCUGAGAGUUUGAGAAGCAACCAGAACACACAAAAGUAAACGUUUGGUAGGAAAACAAUAAAAAUUGUGGUGACAACCCUGCCCAUUACUGGGCCAGAACCUGUUUUUUCAUAUCUGCAUGCUGUUACAGAAUACUUCUUAACAUUGAAACUGCUUAAAUUAAAAAAAAAAAAACAACACAACAGAUUCUUUUAGGAAAGUUUUGUUGAAUCUUUGAAGAAAAUUGGAAACACCCAAAGUUCUAUUUGAACAUUGUCAUCAUCAGAAAGUCCCGAAGGACGUUCUGCUCUCAC